ACUCACAAUGGGAAAGAAGAAACCUCAGAAAGACGGCAGACCGAAACAGAAAGAAUCCCGCUAUAAGAGGCCUUCUAAAAGUCUCGAGAGCUUCGCCAGUGAAGUCCAUGAAGCUUUAGAUGCCAGUAUCCAGGGGGACGCUGCAGGAGACGAUGGAGAGACAAAGGUGAAGUUUCCCUGUCCGCUGGCAAUGUGGGAGUUAGGACAUUGUGACCCAAAGAGAUGUACAGGCCGGAAACUGGUGCGGAAAGGUCUUGUCAGGACCCUCCGAAUAAACCAAAGGUUCAACGGCAUCAUCCUGAGUCCUAUGGGGACAUUGUGUGUCACUCCCGCUGACAAACAGAUUGUUGCAGACUGUGGUGUAGCUGUCAUUGACUGCUCCUGGGCUAAGCUGGAUGACACACCAUUCUCCAAGAUGAAAGGAAGCCAUCCUCGGUUGUUGCCAUAUCUGGUUGCUGCAAACCCGGUGAACUAUGGAAGGCCUUGCAAACUGUCCUGCGUAGAAGCUUUUGCUGCGAUAUUCUGUAUUGUUGGAUUUCCAGAUUUGGCCACAAUUGUGCUGAGGAAGUUUAAAUGGGGGAAAGUGUUCCUGGAGCUGAAUAAAGAUCUGCUGGAGAAGUACAGUCAAUGCCAGAACGUGGAGGAAGUGAAGAAGGUGGAAGAAGAGUACCUGUCUGGGGCUCAGGAUAAAGAUGAAGAAGAAAUAGAUCCAUUCGAUGUUGAAUCUGGACGAGAAUUUUCCAACCUCAACAGAGUCAUCUGCUCUGGAAGGAUGACGAAUGAUGACGAGGAGACAGAUGAGGAAGAUGACAGCAGUGAGGAGGCAGAUGACGGUGAUGAAGAGUCUCACUCGGAUGAGGAAAGUGAAGGUGAUGAAGCAGCAGCAGCAGCUAGUAAGCCUGUUGUUUGGAAAGGAGUGAAAAAGAGACUGAGAGACUGAACCAUGAAAUGCUGUAACGAUGUCAAUGUGCU